AUGGCGCAAGACCCGCGCGGUCUGCUACAGAAGGCAGACAAGACGGCAGCAUCGGCGACUGGAGGCUUCUCCUUCUUCGGAGGGCGGACAGAGAAGUUAGAGCAGGCAGUUGAGCUCUACACACAAGCUGCGAAUGCAUUCCGGAUGCAGAAGAUGAACCGCGAAGCAGGCGACACAUUCAUGCGAGCCGCAGAAAUAAUGACUUCUAAACUCUCCGAGCCCGAUGACGCCGCAAACACAUACGUCGAGGCCUUCAAAGUAUACCGCAAGUCUGAUCCGGAGGAGGCAGCCAAGGCGCUGCAACAAGCCAUCAACCACUGGACAAGCAAGGGCAACCUUCGGAGAGCAGCUACACACCAGCAGAACCUGGCCGAGCUUUACGAGGUCGAGAUAGGGGAUCAGAAGCGGGCAUUGGAGGCCUAUGAGACUUGCGGCGCGUGGUUUGAGAGCGACAAUGCUGAGGCGCUUGCGAACAAGAUCUUCCUGAAAGUCGGGGAUCUUGCCGCGCUUGAGGGCGACUAUUACAAAGCAAUCCAGAUGUAUGAGCAAGUAGCGAAGAGCUCCAUCAACAAUAAUCUCAUGAAGUGGUCGGUAAAAGAGUAUCUGCUCAAGGCAGGAAUAUGUCAGCUGGCUACCGGCGACUCCGUUGGGACAAAUCAAGCUCUCGAAAAGUAUCGCGAUCUUGAUCCUAGCUUCUCAGCAACUCGAGAAUGCCAGCUCCUCUCGUCUCUUGCGGAAGCAGUAGAGCAUGGGGAUCCUGAAGCGUUCGCUGAUGAACUAUUCAAGUUUGACCAGAUGAGUAAACUGGACAAGUGGAAAACCACGAUCCUCCUCCGAGUCAAGAACCAGAUCGAACAGAAGGAGGAGGAUUUCUCAUAA